UAACAUUCGAUUCUGUGUAGCGUGGGAAUUGCGAAGAACAGAAAAUGCCGCUGAAAGUUUUGGACUCAACGCUGUCAACAUUUGGUGCGGUUUUCGACAAAUUCACAGCUGAAGCGCCUAAUCACAAAGCAAAUCUUAUUCUGUUCCUGGCCGACAAAGAUCCAUCCACCGAUCGCAGCUGGUGCCCUGAUUGUGUGAGAGCUGAGCCUGUGAUAUACCAAAAGCUCGAAGCAUCGACGGAUAAUGUGGCUCUACUGAGGGCAUAUGUGGGAGAUCGGCCCACAUGGAGAGAUCCCGGGCAUCCAUGGAGGACAGACUCAAGGUUCAAGCUCAAAGGAGUGCCUACAUUGAUCCGGUGGGAAGAUGGUGAAGUGAAGGGUCGUCUCGAGGAUCAUGAAGCCCAUAUUGAGAACAAAAUCAGCAAACUAUUGUCUGAGAAUUAGCUGUUGCUGUGACUUAGUCACAUGAUAAUAACAACUGUUGUAAUAAAACCGACAUUCGCUGGGGGUUCAAAGAAGACACCAUUAAGUUGCAGGAUAUAAGAUCCUUAUUUAUAA